AAAAUCCCCCGCUCUGACUCUCUACUUGUUCCUCCUACAUGGAGAUGGAAAUCUCUAUGAAGCUUCGAUUUUUACUGCGAGGAUAUGAGAGAUGAGCUCGACAUCUUUAGCCAUAGUUGUUCACCAAGCUUCGAAUCACGAUGAGCUCUUCAUGAAGCAAACUCUUCGUUUCUCAGAAACUCUCCGGGAUUUGAAGAAUAUGCGGAAACAGUUGUACUCUGCUGCAGAUUAUUUCGAAACCUCGUACGACAAAGAGGAUCACAAAGAAGUAGUCAUAGAGACGCUGAAAGAUUAUGCGGUGAAGGCAUUGGUGAACACAGUGGAUCAUCUGGGCUCCGUUUCAGACAAAUUCAACGGCUUCCUCUCCGACAACACAGACCAGUUCUCCACGACUGAUCUUCGCUUGCGUUGUCUGGAACAAAGGAUGAAAUCGUGCAGGGAGUAUAGCGAUCAGAGUGGGGCUUAUCAGCAACUACGUGUGAUCGAAUCUCCUCAGUAUCAUAAGCGAUACUUCUUUCCCGAUGAAGACAUGGAACAGAGCAGGACAGGACACAGAGGCCGGGGCUUCUCUGCAGGAGAUGACUCCCGUCGUUUCGCAAGUGGUAAACCUGUUCGAUCGACGAUAAGAGAUCAUCCGACAAGGCAAACGAACAGGACAGGAACAUUCUCGUUCUCAGCUAUUCCACACAAGAACAACAACAAUAACAGAACAGCAAGUAGCAAAAGAUCGCUCUCUCCAAUGCGGUUUCCUCUCUUACGUUCGGGAUCUCUUUUGAAGCGAUCGAUCUCUCCAAGCCAACCGAGAAAGCAGGCGGUAACGGAGCCACGAAGGGCGAAGUCUGUGUCGAGAAAUCCGGAGAUAGAGAGAAGGAUAAUGGAGAUAGAGCAGUGCUCAAGAAAGGGGAAGAGCGGUGUUGUCAUGUUCAAGGCUUUGAUGAGCAUUAGCAAGUCCAGAAAAGACAGGCUUUUUCUGUGUCCACAGAUGUGAUGUACAAACCCGCCAAUUCAACUCGAAUGUUUCUUUUAAAACGUUGCACGCCGUCGUCUGAUAUGGGGUUCCAUUCCAUAGGAGAAGAAAUGCCCGGGUUCGGGAUAAAGUUAUUCUGGGCAGGGAUAAAGAAUAGCUCGCUGACAAGCAGAAAGCGACUUGCCAAGUGGGCCUUUGUGUUUUUCGUUACAACGAUAGUGUAACACAAGAAAAAAACAUCUUUGUAUUUCAAACCCAUAAACAAUUUUUUUUUUUAUAAUGAUCAUACACAAAGAACUUCGGGUUUUUUAGAGCC